UGAUCGCGUCCACACACGCCCGAAGAGAAGCGAAGAAGCGUGCAAGCUAAGGCGUCGUUUUUUUGUUUUGCGCCACAACACAAACAACAACAGACGCGAACGGACAUCGGAGCGUCCUUCGUUCCUUCGCACUCGCGUGCCCAAGCGUGAAGGUUCCAGGUGUGACCACCGGAUUGUUUUAUUUUCCCGUGCUUGAAGUGCGUUGUUAGAAGUGGGUUGCUUCUUGUGACCAGCGGGAGUGGAACACCGGAAAAGCAUCGCUCCGGUGCCCGCGACACAGCGCGAUAGUGCGAACGUCCGUUCAACGUGUCAACGGAAGGCGAAAGUGUGUCCCGCCGCGAUCGUCACCGUCGCCUGACGAAUCGCCAAUCGUCCGAGUGUGUGAGUGCGAGCUUGGAAACUUUCACAAAAAAAAACGCCUGUGGCCGGCCGAUAUGAAUAAUUAAUUUUUCGGGAGACGCCAGAGUGUCGACAGACAUCCCGAUCGAGCCCAAGGAGCUGUUAGUGUUGUUCAGACGCAACCAUUCGCAGUUUCGCUUCUGGUAGAAUGGUCUACUAGGAUGCGUUUGUUGCAACAAUAGAACAAGCGUUCGCACAAAGUGAUUGGUGGUGGAUGGUGAUGAUGAUGUAGUGCUUGGCGAAUCGAUAUCCUCGACACGACGACGACUUGAAACACGCAAACAACCUGCUGUACAGUGGGACAGUGGCGAAGACAGACGGGGGCAAGCACGCAACCAGACCAUCCUCGAGAGGCCAAACGACGUAACCGCGCGGCGUGCACAGUCGGUUGUUGGUAUCGAUUUUUCCCGCCCUGUCUGUGCAUUACCUGGUGUGUGUUUUGUGUACGCUCGGAAAUCUGUUCCCUUUGGCCCGGCCUCAGGUGUAUUAUCGAUUCGCGCGGCCAACAUUGAAGGGCUCGCACCAGAACCGUGGCACAACGUGACCAGUGAGGCCAGUGGUGAUCUGUUUGUGUCUUUUAUCGAGUCGAACAAGAACGCGCUGGUGCGCGGUGGAAGCUCCCGUGUCACAGGAGUCUUACAGGAGUGGACAGAUUGCUUGCUUGGUAGCCACGGAAAGUCUGACUUGGAAAGGAUGUAUCUGGUACAGACUGUCCAGACUGCGUCUCCGUGGAGGCCCCAGUUACCGCUACCGAAGGACGCUACAGUUCAUGUGCAGCAACAGCACCAGCAACAGCAGCAACAGACCCAACAGCCCCAGCAACAGAAGCAACAGCAGGAAAUGGAGCGUGUUACAGUGAACAGCAAGAGCAAGGACAAGAAGUGGUCGCUCGGUAGUCUGUUCCGGAAGAAAAAGAAAGAUCUCGAUACGGACUCGAGCUCGGAGGAGGACCGAAAGGCGGGUUUCGUGCCGGUCAAGGGUCACGGAACGCUGAACGGUAAGCGCAAGAAGCGCUCGAGCCGGAUCGUCGGUGCUGGAUUCGAUCACAUCGUCGUCAGCCCUCACCAGCCGCCGCAACAGCAACAAGUCCAACAGCAGAUUCUGCUACCACAUCAGCAGCAUCAUCAUCAUCAGCAGCAACAGCAGCAGCCACAGCAGCAUCACAAUCAGUACGGGUUCCGGGAGAGCGAUAGCAUCAAUUCGAUCGAUCGAUACACCGCCAAUGGAUCGCUUGAUCGGCGCACCGGCAGGAAGGAGCUGCGCGGGACCGGAGUCGUCCGGAGAAACUCGAAGGAACGGCAAUCAUCGAGCGACGAGGAAUCACACCGAUCCUCCUCGAUGUCACGCUUCCGGAGUGACGACAGUCUCGGUAAUCACAGUGCCGGAUCACAUCGCAAGUCACGUACGGCCCGUACGGAGCGCUAUCUGAAGCGAAUGUCCGGAAGAGAUGAUGGCCACAGUCCACAGCACCAGCAUCAGACUCUGGCACCUGGCCAGGUGAAUCGUUGGCAUACGCAACCGAUUUCACCCAGUAUGUUACCGCAUGGUGGCAGCAUACAGUCGGUUGAUGUUGCCUAUCGCCGUCCAGCGACACUAGGAUCCCAUCCGAAUCUGCGCAAUUCAGCGAGCCUCACCAAUGUCCACGGGGUUCAUGGCCAUCAGUUACGGUACGCGGGAUCACCGAGCUAUGCGCAUCAGCUACAACUGCAGCAGCAGCAACAGGUCCCUUACUCGUCGCAGUCACCACCAAACCCGCACACAGUGACGUACGAGAACAGUUUCUACAUCCAGAGUAAGGCGAGCUCGAUGAGGGAUGCGAUCCGCAGUCCGCCACCGAUUCCACCGAGGGAUCCACAGCGCCGGCUAACGAUCGGUCACACCAACGAGGCACGCCCGGUAUCGUACGCCUUCGAUCGCUACCAUCAACUGCAAGGAACGAACGGGGGAAAUAUCUGGCAAUCGAAUGGCAAAUGCAACAGCGAGGAUCGUCUGUGGGUUGGUGGAGCAUCGGCGAUGGUUCAGCGAACGCCACCGCCACCUUCGAUGCACGGCGUAGGUGCUGGUGUUGGCUUCACAGUCACUCCACCGAGGGCUUCCUCGGUACAGCCUGCUGAGAUCCAUCAGCAUCAUCAGCUCCAUCAGCACCACCACCACCAUCAUCACCAGCAGCAGCAGCAGCAAACGCAGCAACCUCAGCAAAAGCAACGUUACAUCUCGCGUCAACAGCAACCUCAAGCGGUGGUUCAUCCACCCAGUACACCACCCUCGAAUGUGGCCUAUCAUCAUCAUCAGCAUCAUCAACAGCAGCAGCAGGCUCAUUAUCAUCACGCUGCAACGUUACCAGUGACACCUCCAACCCAGCAACAGCGACCAGGUGGCGAAUAUCGAUACGUCACGGAUGUAACGCCACGAUCCCGCAAACCGAUCCAGAUCCAGGAUCGUACCUUCGAACCGUACGAACCAAAGCGAUCACCACAGCCACCACCAACGGGCAGUGAGUCCUCGCUGGUGUACAGCGGCACCACAACACCGUCCGGUAUCGCGGCACGUUCGACCCCACGAUCCGUUCGAGCGGAUAGCUCCGAAUCGGUCAACGGAACCGGCGCCAGUGGUUCCCGAACGCCCCAACAAUCCGCUUCCGCUUUCUGGCGCCGAAUUGAAGAGGAACAGAGUGCUGCAGCAGGAUCAGUGGCCACGACCGUUGGUACUGGUGCAAAUCGUCGUGGAAGAGCUACGGAACGGCGACCUGGUGUGGCCGGAACGGCCGUCGCAUCACGUUCUGUGUCCACCUCCCGGGCGCUAGAGAUUAUGAAUCGUCGAAAUCAGGAGUUGACUCGGGAGCUCGAUCAUUUACUGGAUGAUAAACAGCAGCAACAGCAACAGAGUGAUGAGAAUGUGGUCAGUGGAAGGUUGUAUCUACGGCAAGCCGAUGCCAACCAAGCGACGACUGUUCGAUCACCGAACGAGAAGAUGUACGAGGUGAAGGUGAAGACAUCCAGUCGUCCCCUGAACGGUGCUGAGGUGGCACCUGAAAAAGCAACCAACAAGUACGAGGAACACGUCGCCAAGACGGUCGCUGGAUCGCAAACCGUCUACCGGCGUUACGGUGGUGGUGGUGAUAAGCCAGCCAGCGAGGUUCCAGCACCGACACCACCGAUGCGGACGAUUUCGAAACGGAACUCCUGCUCCGAGGAGGAACUGGCACGGAAGCGAAAGUCAGCGAACCUGGAGGAAGCGAUCAGUGAGCUGGAAGCGAUCUACAAAAGCCUCAAGCUGAGCGACGAGGAUCUACUCGAGCGUGCGGAGCAGCGGGAUCUACCGACACCGACCGGGUUCAGUCAUCGUGCCCGCACCUACCGGUACGAUCCGGAUCCGGAGGAUGAUCGUGCGAAACCAGAACCGGACCUACGGUUGGAUGAUUUGAGUUACCGAAGUAUCAAGCGAGCGAACAGUUCGCUGAAGACCGCGGACAAUCAGCCACCGUUCGGUAUUCCCGUGGGACCGAUUCCACCCCCUCCGACGACGGAUUAUCUGACGGUGCAGCCACCGUCCAAGCAGCAGACACCACGCUUCGUGCCCCGCCAAUCGCCGGACCUCGUGGCGGAUGAUCUUGCAUUCCGGCAGCUGCGUAAGGAUAAGGAUCUGCACGCCAGCUUGGACAGGAAACCGGCACCAUCUGCUGCGACAACCACGUCGGUGCCAGUGUCCGGUAACUCGAGCAGCGGAUCGGAAGAGUCACGCACCACAAAACGGAACUCGGGUUCGACUUUCUACACCCAGAUCCAGCGUGAUGCGGCCAAACCUUCCGGUGGUAAUCUGGAGGACUACUACAAGCUGGAACUGUACGCCAAGAGUCUCCGUGAAUCGAGCAACAGCACUCCUGGAAAGGCGGAGAAAACCCAACAGAAAAAGGAACCGGCAAGCGGCACCACUGAGGUACGCGCCAAGAGUGGAUCACCACCAAAGGACCACAGGGGUGGCAAUCGGGGAGCCGUCUUCAAUCUUCCUUCAACGCUCAAAUCCAGCUCGAGUGGAAGUCCCCCGAAAAGUCCACGAUCGUUGGAUAGUGGCAGUGAGCCACCAUCCAGUGUUACACCAACACCCCGUCCACGCUCUGGCACGGAACCGGUGAUCGUUGGUGCGAAGCAUAAGGCCGAGUUCGAGGAAAUCCUGAAUGCGAUCGCACUGGAGGCGCAAAACACGAGCGAGAAGUUGGGCGCUGAUUUGGCCGAACUGCGCAAGGAAACCCUCUCGGUAUCGAGCGGUACCAGUCCGGAAACGAAACCGAAUCGUCGCAAUCCUGUGAACAAAACGGUGGCUGGACCAGCGGCGGCACCAGUUGUCGCUAAGGUGUCGCAAAAGCACUCGAACGAGAUCGACCAGGUGGCAGAAGCGGCCAAAUACUGUGAGCAGAUGCUACGCGGUGUGAUUGAGGAGACUGGCACGGUUAAGGCAGCCUCGGUGGAACCGGAAGAGGUCAAGGUAGCGCCGGAAGUGACCAUGAUCGCACGAGUUAUUCUCGAUAAACCGACGAUCGUGGUGGAAUCGAAGGUGGAGGAAUCAGCUGAUGUACCGCCGGAACCGAUCACCACCGGUGAGCU